AUGAAAGCAGACACAAUCACCACAGAAUGGCAGCCUCCAGAGGUAUGACAGUCUUUUAUCACCCUUAUUCAAUUUACCUAUUAGCAGACUAUAUUUGUGUAUUUUUCCAUUCCUAAAAUAUCAGGUAGGCCUAAAUACUGAAAUAGUUUAAAUUUGACUGUAUAAUAGUGCCAUGGUAUUAGUCUGUUACCAUGGUGUUAAUAGUGUGUUUCCAUUGUAUUUGUGUCCAGGUUAUUGAGAAGUACCUGUCUGGUGGGAUGUGCGGGUACGACCGGGAGGGAAGCCCCAUCUGGUGGGAUGUCAUCGGCCCUGUGGACCCUAAGGGCCUCUUCCUGUCUGCCUCUAAACAGGAGUUCAUAAAGUCUAAGAUCAGAGACUGUGAGAUGCUGCAGAAGGAGUGUGACCUGCAGUCUGAGAGGGUAUGGGAAGGUUUCAUUCAUAGAAAUAUAAUUACUAGAAUGGGGAUUCCCAUUUAAAUAAAUGAGACCAUUAUCUAUGGUUUCAGUACUGUAUGUGGAGGGCCAGGAGUUGUACAUGAACAUACAGUGUGUUUGACAAGACCAGGAAAAACACCUGGCACCAACCUUACUGAGAUUCGAUUCCACCGAUGAAGUGUUCCUGUAGAAUCUUUGUCAUCCUUGUUGAAAACCCUACCUAUGGUCACAGAUCUGACAUACACUAUAUGUUCAAAUUCGUGUAUUCGGCUAUUUCAGCCACAUCCAUUGCUGACAGGUGUAUAAAAUUGAGCACACAGCCAUGCAAUCUCCAUAGACAAACAUUGGCAGUAGAAUGGCCUUACUGAAGAGCUCAGUGACUUUCAACGUGGCACCGUCAUAGGAUGCAACCUUUCCAACAAGUCAAGUCAGUUCAUAAAUUCUUGCCCUGCUAGAGCUGCCCUGGUCAACUGUAAGUGCUGUUAUUGUGAAGUGGAAACGUCUUGGAGCAACAACGGCUCAGCCACGAAGUGGUAGGCCACACAAGCUCACAGAACGGGACCGCCAAGUGCGGCUGCUCAGCCAUGAAAUGGGUUUUCAUGGCUGAACAGCUGCACACAAGCCUAAGAUCACCAUGCACAAUGCCAAAUGUCGGCUGGAGUGGUGUAAAGCUCCAGAUUCUUCAAAUUAGCCACCCUUUGCCUUGAUGACAGCUUUGCACACUCUUGACAUUCUCUCAACCAGCUUCACCUGUAAUGCUUUUCCAACAGUCUUGAAGGAGUUCCCACGUAUGCUGAGCACUUGUUGGCUGCUUUUACCUUCACUCUGCGGUCCGACUCAUCCGAGACCAUCUCAAUUUGGUUGAGGUCGGGGGAUUGUGGAGGCCAGGUCAUCUGAUGCAGCACUCCAUCACUCUCCUUCUUGGUAAAAUAGCCCUUACACAGCCUGGAGGUGUGCUGGGUCAUUGUCCUGUUGAAAAACAAAUGAUAGUCCCACCAAGCCCAAACCAGAUGGGAUGGCGUAUCGCUGCAGAAUGCUGUGGUAGCCAUGCUGGUUAAGUGUGCCUUGAAUUCUAAAUAAAUCACAGACAGUGUCACCAGCAAAGCACCCCCAGACCAUAACACCACCUCCUCCAUGCUCAUCCGUUCACCCACACCACGUCUCACAAAGACACGGCGGUUGGAACCAAAAUCUCCAAUUUGGACUCCAGACCGAAGGACACAUUUCCACCAGUCUAAUGUCCAUUGCUCGUGUUUCUUGGCCCAAGCAAGUCUCUUCUUCUUAUUGGUGUCCUUUAGUAGUGGUUUCUUUGCAGCAGGCCUGAUUCACACAGUCUCCUCUGAACAGUUGAUGUUGAGAUGUGUCUGUUACUUGAACUCUGUGAAGCAUUUAUUUGGGCUGCAAUUUCUGAGGCUGGUAACUAAUUAACUUAUCCUCUGCAGCAGAGGUAACUCUGGGUCUUCCAUUCCUGUGGCGGUCCUCAUGAGAGCCAGUUUCAUCAUAGCGCUUGAUGGUUUUUGCGACUGCACUUGAAGAAACUUUCAAAGUUCUUGAAAUGUUCCAUAUUGACUGACCUUCAUGUCUUAAAGUAAUGAUGGACUGUCGUUUCUCUUUGCGUAUUUGGGGCGGUAACCGAAAGGUCGCUGGUUCUAAUCCCCAAGCCGACUAGGUGAAAAAUCUGCCGAUGUGCCCUUGAGCAAGGCACUUAACCCUAAUUGCUCCUGUAAGUCGCUCUGGAUAAGAGCGUCUGCUAAAUGACUAAAAUGUAAAUGUAAUGUAUUUGUGCUGUUCUUGCCAUAAUAUGGACUUGGUCUUUUACCAAAUAGGGCUAUCUUCUGUAUACCCCCACCCUACCUUGUCACAACACAACUGAUUGGCUCAAACGCAUUAAGAAGGAAAGAAAUUCCACAAAUUAACUUUUAAGAAGGCACACCUGUUAAUUGAAAUGCAUUCCAGGUGACUACCUCAUGAAGCUGGUUGAGAGAAUGCCAAGCGUGUGCAUAACUGUCAUCAAGGCAAAGGGUGGCUAUUUGAAGAAUCUCAAAUAUAAAAUAUAUUUUUAUUUGUUUAACACUUUCUUGGUUACUACAUGAUUCCAUAUGUGUUAUUUCAUAGUUUUGAUGUCUUCACUAUUAUUCUACAAUGUAAAAAAUAGUAAAAAUAAAGAAAAACCCUUGAAUGAGUAUGUAGUGUGUAUGUAUGUAUAUAUAUAUAUAUAUAUAUAUAUAUAUAUAUAUAUAUAUAUAUAUAAUGUGUAUGUGUGUAUUUGUUGGGCUAUAUAGAUUGUUUAUUUGUAUUUACCUUAGGUUAUUCUUCACAGAGUCAAGUAUAUUUGUCCAGGCCUCAAUUAUUCCUUGACUAGCACCAUUCAUUCUCGCUGUCGAUAUUUCUAAUGUUCUAACUUCUAACAUAACUGUAUCCACUGGUGAGUUGGGAGAGAGUUAGGUGAUUGCCAUCUAAGAGCCAACAUCUUUUUUGUCCACAUACUUUUGGUCAUGUAGUGUACUUUUAUUAAUGCUUUUCCUCUCCCUUCCACUUUCUGUUUUCUGCCUUCCCUCUCAUCGCUCGCUUUCUCUCUCCGCCCUCCAUCUUUCUCUCUCCAUCUCUCUCCUCCAGCUCGGGAGGCAUGUGGAAGCCAUCACUAUGAUCUAUGACUGUGAGGGUCUGGGUCUCAAACACUUGUGGAAGCCUGCCAUCGAGACUUACGGAGAGGUACAAACACACACACACACACACACACACAUUCUCUCUCAAACACACACACUGUUCUGUUGAAUCCAGAGGGGGAAAGUGAUCUGAGAUGAUACUGUUUGAUCAAAGUGUUGUAUCCUUACAGAUCCUGACCAUGUUUGAAGACAACUACCCUGAGGGCCUCAAGAGACUGUUUGUCAUUAAAGGUACGUUUCAACACCACUUUAUCAUCAUAUCAAGCUAUUAUAUCUGGAUGUGGAGAAAUGAUCUGGAGAAGACAAACCAUGCUAUCGUUUCUCUGUGCAUUUGAAAAAGAUAGAUCCUAAAGAAACCAUGAAUAAUGGACAUGACUCUUUUUAAAGAUUGAAUCCGCAUUUGGGGAAACAGAGCCACUGUUUGCCCCAGCGCCUUUGUUUUGUUGAUGAAACGGAGAAGAGGAGUGUCUGGCAGCGUUUCAAAAAAAUGCAGUACAUAUUCUGCUGUUCUAUCACGCGUGCAAUGAUGUCAGAGGGGAAAAAAAACUGUGUUCGUUGUUUGCAGUAACUUCUUUGUUGUUGUAAUAUCCCAAAUGGAGGUGGCAUUUUCACCAAUUAAGGAUUCCAGAGGGAGGUGUUACACCUUAGUAUCCCAGUAGUAAACUUACUUAUGUUGUGUGUCUCACAUCUCUCAAACUGUUCUCUCUUCUCCACUCCUCAGCCCCCAAGCUCUUCCCCGUGGCCUACAACCUCGUCAAGCACUUCCUGAGUGAGAUCACUCGCAACAAGAUCAUUGUCCUGGGGGGUGAGACACUUCCUUAUUUACAUUGGAAUGUUCCCAUAAGAAUAUACUGUUCUGGCCUCCCGAGUGGCACAGCUGCCUAAGGCACUGCAUCACAGUGCUAGAGGCGUCACUACAGACCCGGGUUCGAUUCUAGGCUGUGUCGCAGCCGGCCGCGACCGGGAGAUUCAAGAGGCGGAGCACAAUUGGCCAGCGUCGUCCAGGUUAGGGGAGGGUUUGGCUGGCCGGGAUGUUGUUGUACCAUCGCACUCUAGCGACUUCUUGUUGCGGGCCGGGCUCAUGCACGCUGACUUUGGUCGCCAGCUGGACAGUGUUUCCUCCGACACAUUGGUUCGGCUGGCUUCCGGGUUAAGCGAGCAGUGUGUCAAGAAGCAGUAUGGCUUGGCAAGGUUGUGUUUCAGAGGAUGCAUGGCUCUCGACCUUCGCCUCUCCCGAGUCUGUACAGGAGUUGCAACGAUGGGACAAGACUGUAACUACUAACUGGAUAUCAUGAAAUUGGGGAGAAAAAGGGGUAAAAAGUACACAAAAAAAAAACAAAAAAAUGUUAUAUAUAUAUACUGUUCUAGAAUGCUGAAUCAUGUCAGCUCUAUGCAUGGCAUUUAUAUUACAGUAGCAACAUUCCAUACAUUGUGAAUACAUACAGUAUAUGGUUGCACCGUCUCUAACGCUACACAGCUUAACCCUACAGGUAGAUAAAGGUAAUGAAUGCACUCACUAAGUCGCUCUGGAUAAGAGCGUCUGCUAAAUGACUCAAACGUAAAACGGUAGCAUCAGUCUCUCUAUCUCUUUACCUGUCUGUUCUACAGCCAACUGGCAGGAGGUGUUGCUGAACUACAUAGACCCAGAGCAGCUUCCUGCUGCCUACGGAGGGAAACUCACCGACCCGGAUGGGGACUCUCGCUGUAGGACCAAGGUGAGCUCACACCACCAGGAAGUGGGAUGCUUUUUUCAUAACCCCCCCCUGGAAAUGAGAGAGCUUGCAGUGCCACCUAUUAGUAGUUGCUCCACACCUGCCUAAGGGCUUUUGCAGUAGGAAGGACUCAAAAUGCAGCAAUAUAGAAGCCAUGCUGUGAGAUGAGAGCAGCUUUGCUUUGCUGCAUGCAACCACAAGAUACUGCAGGCAGGACUAGUGUUCCUAUGCUACAUCCUGCUGCUAGUGGGGUCAGUGGAAUCUCUGUAAGACUGUUGGACUUGUAUGUAUGAUCCAUUGAGAUUGUGGGCUAUAUAGCAUAAUGAAACAAUUUACAAUGAGUCUUGACAGGCUUUUUGUUCCUUCUGGUCAUUGAGAUGGUUAUAGGAGCUCCAGAUGGUUUCCUCUGAGUCUGCUUCAACAGGUACAAUCUGCUGAUUUGGUAUUUUUCGUAGACAAUGCCACUUGGAUAUCUCAUGGAUCUGCUUAUUUUUGCUCUUCAGUUCAAUUCUGCCUUGCCACACGUGACCUUGCUGCCAGCCAGCCAGCUACCACCUCCCAAUGGCCCAUUAGUCAUCUACCUGCCAAUAGAUGCCAUAAAAGUUGCUAGUUGGAUCUAGAUGCCGGCUUGGGCAGACCCAUGCAGUUACAUUUUAAAAGUUCUUACCUAGGAAACUGACCCUUGGUCUGAUGUCUCUGUAGAUACAUAGGUAGAGAUGUCUUCCUAACCCGGAGAGGAGCAGGAGGAGUAGGAGGACAGGUCUUUGUCAUCCCAAAUGAGACCCAGGAAAUGACCCAGGACCAACCUUUUUCCCUUUUGGAAUCUUCCAGAAGACUAAGAUUCUUCGGACUGAAAUUCUCCCUACCUUCAUGAUUCCAUUUUACUCAACUGAGUCAUUUAGCCUUUCAACACAGGAUUGAACAGGAACUUUAGCUUUUAUCAUUAGUAGCUAUCCUAUGGGGUUCUAUGGAGUUUUUAGAUCAGGGACUUAAUUGGUAAUCUCGGUUAACCCAGAACUAAAUUAUUGUGUAAUUUGGUCAGAUGCCAUUUGUUAGGUUCUGAACAAACAGAAUAAAAACUCAAAUGGAUGACAAAAAAAAGCUCAAACCCAAGUUUAUUAACCCACUGGGUCAUACAGCUGCAAAGAUGAGGUAUGAUUACACUAGUACAUGUCUUUUAUAUUUCAAAUUAUUAUACAAAAUUCUUGCAACCAAUAUAAUGACUACAUUCGUAAAGUAUUCAGACCCGUUGACUUUUUCCACAUUUUGUUACGUUACAGCGUUAUUCUAAAAUGGAUUUUAAAUAUAAUAAUCCUCAUCAAACUACUCACAAUACCCCAUAAUGACAAAGCGAAAACAGGUUUUUAGACAUUUUUGCAAAAACAAAUACCUUAUUUACAUAAGUAUUCAGACCCUUUGCUAUGAGACUCAAAAUUGAGCUCAGGUGCAUCCUGAUUCCAUUGAUCAUCCUUGAGAUGUUUCUACAACUUGAUUAGAGUCCACCUGUGGUAAAUUAAAUUGAUUGGACAUGAUUUGGAAAGGCACACACCUGUCUAUGUUAAGGUCCCACAGUUGAGCUAUGAGGUCGAAGGAAUUUUCCAUAGAGCUCCGAGACAGGAUUGUGUCGAGGCACAAAUCUGGGGAAUGGUACCAAAAAAUGUCUGCAGCAUUGAAGGUCCCCUAGAGCUGGCUGCCCGGCCAAACUGAGCAAUAGGGGGAGAAGGGCCUUGGUCAGGGAGGAGACUAGUACCUGAUGGUCACUCCUCUGUGGAGAUGGGUGAACCUUCCAGAAGGACAACCAUCUCUGCAGCGCUCCACCAAUCAGGCCUUUAUGGUAGAGUGGCCAGACGGAAGCCACUCCUCAGUAAAAGGCACAUGACAGCCCGCUUGGAGUUUGCCAAAAGGCACUUAGAAGACUCUCAGAUCAUGAGAAACAAGAUUCUCUGGUCUGAUGAACCCAAGAUUGAACUCUUUGGCCUGAAUGCCAAGCGUCACGUCUGGAGGAAACGUCUGGAGGAAACCUGGCACCAUCCCUACGGUGAAGCAUGGUGGUGGCAGUAUCAUGUUGUGGGGAUGUUUUUCAGUGGCAGGGACUGGGAGACUAGUCAGCAUUGAGUGAAAGAUGAAUGGAGCAAAGUACAGAGAGAUCCUUGAUGAAAACCUGCUCCAGAGUGCUCAGGACCUCAGACUGGGGCGAAGGUUCACCUUCCAACAGGACAACAACUCUAAGCACACAGCCAAGACAAUUUAGGACUGGCUUUGGGACAAGUCUCUGAAUGUCCUUGAGUGGCCCAGCCAGAGUCCGGACUUGAACCCGAUUGUACAUAUCUGGAGAGACCUGAAAAUAGCUGUGCAGCGACGCUCCCCAUCCAACCUGACAGAGCUUGAGAGGAUCUGCAGAGAAGAACUGGAGAAACUCCAGCUGCCAAAGGUGCUUAAACAAAGUACUGAGUAAAGGGUCUGAAUACUUAUGUAAAUGUGUAUAUUUCUGUUGUUUUCUGGGUUUUUUUGCACACAUAAAAAAAAAAAACUCUUUUUGCUUUGUCAUUAUGGGGUAUUGUGUGUAGAUUGAUGAGGGCAAAAAAACAAUUUCAUCAAUUUUAGAAUAACAUUUCUUCCAAGUCAAGGGGUCUGAAUAGUUUCCGAAUGCACUGUAUAUACAAAAGUAUGUGGACACCCCUUCAAAUCAGCCACACUUGUUGCUGUUAGGUGUAUAAAAUUGAGCACACCACCAUGCAAUCUCCAUAGACAAACAUUGGCAGUACAAUUGGCCUUACUGAAGAGGUCAAUGACUUUCAACGUAGCACCAUCAUAGGAUGCCACCUUUCCAACAAGUCAGUUCGUCAAAUUUUGCCCUGCUAGAGCUGCCUCGGUCAACUGUAAGUGCUGUUGUUGUGAAGUGGAAACGUCUAGGAGCUCAGCCGUGAAGUGGUAGGCCACACAAGCUCACAGAAUGUGAAUGCCGAGAGCUGAAGCGUGCAGCGCGUAAUCAUUGUUUUCCUCGGUUGCAACACUCACUACCGAGUUCCAAACUGCCUCUGGAAGCAAUGUCAGCACAAAAACUGUUCGUCGGGAGCUUCAUGAAAUGGGUUUCCAUGGCCGAGCAGCCGCACACAAGCCUAAGAUCACCAUGCGCAAUGUCAAACGUUGGUUGGGGUGGUGUAUAUCUCGCCCCCAUUGGACUCUGGAGCAGUGGAAACGAGUUCUCUGGAGUGGUGAAUCACACUUCACCAUCUGGCAGUCCGACGGACAAAUCUGGGUUUGGCGGAUGACAGGAGAACGCUACCUGCCCGAAUGCAUAGAGCCAACUGUAAAGUUUGAUGGAGAAGGAAUAAUGGUCUGGGACCGUUUUCAUGGUUCGGGCUAGGCCCCUUAGUUCCAGUGAAGGGAAAUCUUAACGCUACAGCAUACAAUGACAUUUUAGACGAUUCUGUGCUUCUAACUUUUUGGCAUCAGUUUGGGGAAGGCCCUUUCCUAUUUCAGCAUGACAAUGCCCCCGUUCACAAACCGAGGUCCAUACAGAAAUGGUUUGUCGAGAUCGGUGUGGAAGAACUUGCCGGGCUUGCACAGAGCCCUGACCUCAACCCCAUCGAACACCUUUGGGAUGACUUGGCACGCUGUUGUUUCUGAUGAAGCAUUUUAGAUACAGUAUGUAAUAGUCGACGGAGGUUAUCCAAGGUUAAAAGUUUUUUAACAAACCCGCUUUGGUUGUGUGGACCAAUUUGGGUAAGUCUCCAAUCUGGGUAAGUUGGGACGACAACUUUUUGGAAAACAGUUUAAUAUCUGUGUUUAUCAAAGAUAGUGAGAACAGUGGGUGGCCCCCCCUCCCCUGUUCCCCCCGCUAUGCACUAUCAUUACAGGGUUGCAGCAUAACGGGGAUUGGCAGCCUUAAACAUGGAGUCUCUUAAGCAGCAUGUUUUUUUUAGAUCUUAAGGGAUUAAAAAAGAAAUAAAGUAAAAGCUAAAAUAAGAAACCAUUUUCAGACCUUUACAGUUUAGUUAGCAGACUUGAUGAGUUAGGAUGGUUAAUGAAGAAAAAUGAAAGAAAAAGUCAAUAUAACAGUCCUAAACAGUCAAAUAGAAUGGCUGUAGGAGCAAUAGCACUUAAUCCAUUGUCAUAAUUUAUUAUUAGCAAUAUGGUUUAUAUGACCUUGAAAAUAAAUAUGCCCUCCAUUUUUGUUAAGCAUUUAACACUACAACUGCCUGGCCUUUGAGCCUGUUGGAACCCACUAAAGAACGUUGCCAGGCGUUCCCUUUAGCAUACGCAUGAGAAGCAUAUCAACCCGCAAGGUGCGCAAACAUAAGCACCAAUACUUGAUAAAUAGUGCAUAAACAAUUGUAACGCAUUAAUUGCAUGAAGAAAUAUUUGUGGAAAUAUAUCCAUGUAAAAAUAUAACAACAAGUUAUUUGUUUAGAUAGAGUCAAGGAUAUGUUUUGUAUAAUUCUACAAAGUCCUAGUGAAAAACUUAGGCCUAAAGCCAAUUUUCGACACUUCCAGCCAAUGACCAUCAACAUUCUAACAGUCUAAUAAAUAUAUAAAUGUUUUAAAAAAAUAAAAUAAUAAUAAUAAAAUAAAUUUCAUAUACAGUAUGCUAUCUGAAUAAGAAUCAUUUGGUUGUGUUUAUAAAAGCCUUAGCUAACGUUAGAAUACUAAAACAACUAUUAUUUCAAAGAACAUAAUAGCAUUUUCAUCAGUUUAUGUUACUCUAGGCUACAAGUAUAACGAAAAACCACUAGUUCAAGUCCAUCACAAAGAAGUCCAUUAUAAUUUCGUUUUUGGCAGGUCUAAAGAAACAUUGUGAAUAUAAGAAAAUGUAUUUAAAAGAAAACAGAAUAGCAUUUUAAAACGUUAUUAUAUUACUAGUCUUAUAGCCAGAGCAAUACUUCUGUGCGAGUGGUCAUGUGCUGAAUGAAUGAACAGCACAGAUAUUCUUGGAAAAAGUGAAAUUUUGAAAUAGAGCUGCACCUCUUGAAUUUUGAGUUUUUUGACAAAGGUAAGUGUCAUAGAAACUGCAGAAUAUGAUAUGUCUGAUACUAUAUAGAAAUCAAAAUGUUUUAACUGCAGGAGGAGAUUUUUGAUAAAGUGAUGCUCCAUUCCUUGCAUCUGUCAAUUACAAGAUGUGCCCAUCUCUUCAUGUACAAUUUGACAACUGAUAAUAUUGUCACUCAUCAGACUAUUGUCAAUUUAAUCUUGUCUAUAGGCUAAAUCUUAUUAUGUGUGAAAUUAGUUUCAUUUAGGUGUAGUUUUGAUGGGCCGGCUACGCAGUCUGACUGGCAUAGUUUGUUUCCCCUCACUCAUCAACUUGGAUAGGGUCAAGGAUAGCGUUUGCAUUAUUCUAAAGGCCUACUGCAAGACCUAGCAUGUUUUAGUUUCCCUUACAAUACAUGUGAUUAGUAAUAGAGUUAUAGUAAAUAAAACAGCAAUCAAGAGGAAGAAAAAACUAAAGCAAUUGUGUAGUAGCUCAUAUGGGACUGGCAAUUCUUACUUCUUGACUUCUCUGUGAAUAUGAAGAACUGAGGCUCAGACCAAAGUGGCCUUGUUGGCCUCAUAAAGACCAAAGUCUCAUCAGAUACAUUUUAUUAGUUUUGACAUGUCUCUACAUUCUGCCACAGUCAAGGUUCAAGAUUUCCACAGCUUCUAGUAGUUCUACAUUCAAUGUGUAGAAUGUUGCAACUUCUGCUGUGACUGUGAGGCACUAGAAGGUCGUGCAGACAUUUAUAGCCUAUAUACUGUAGAGUGAGAUAAGACUGGGGUCUGUGUGUACAGUACAGGCAGAUUUAUGCAACGGUCAGUCAAAUUUGAAAGAUCAUUUUUAACACGUUUACCGUUGGCAGUGCCACAAAUGCGUUUGGAUCAGGGUCCUGUUUGUGUCUGCACCUGUGCUCAGCUCAACAUUCCCCAUGGCUUGCUGUGUUAUCCUAGACAUGUAAUGAAUGGUCUUGUGUGAUUUGACUGUGGACCUACGCUAAUUGCCCUCUGCUUAUGGUUGAAGUGAACCAUCCCAUCUUUCUGUCCCUUACUGCCUCCCGUUGGUGCUUCUCAAUUACUGCUGCAACCAGCAUUUUUACUCAUCUGUCUGUGUUUGGUCAGUCAGUAUUUCCAAAAUCCUUGGUUUGCUUGAGCUGAGGGCUCAGGCUGUUUAGGAAGAUGAUCAUUAGCCAGUAAGGACAGUGGUUGAAGAACAAUUGUUAGUCUUGUUAUUAUGCAAAUAAAUUACAAAAUAAAACCUCUGGGGCUGAUACUCUGGACUUUUAUUUCUAAACUGAAAGUAUGUGAACCUCAAAAGCCUAUGAUAAAACAUGUAACCGCAGCAGAUUCAUAGUAGUAGAAAGUAAAGCUUUCUUUUUUAUUUCCUCGUAAGUUCUUCCCUAACAUUGUCCCUGCGGACUUCCAUAGCAUUUUAUCAGCUAACCCCGCAACAUCCUUACUCUGUCUAUAUAUGUGUGUAUUCAAGAUCCACUAUGCAGGGACAGUGCCUACGUCCUACUAUGUUCGUGAGUCAGUGAAGGUGGACUAUGAACAGUGUCUAACAGUCAGCCGUGGCUCCUCACAGCAACUAGAAUAUGAGAUCCUCUUCCCUGGCUGUGUGCUCAGGUGAGUGGACAGUAAUUACUACUGCUAUUACUCUCUUUCUCUCCCAUCCUCUUCCUCGGUCUUACCUCUCUCUAACCCCACUCUGUCCUGUUCUAUCUCGGCCUCCCUUUCCUUCCCCACCUUUCUUUUCCUCUCGAUCUCUUUAUCCCUUUAUUGAAAAAUGUAUGCACUCACAAACUGUAAGUCGCUCUGGAUAAGAGCGUCUGCUAAAAUGACUCAAAUGUAGUAUAGGGUAGCCCUGCAUCGAGUCGGAUACCCAUGGUUCCCUGUGGUUGACCUGCAAAAAAGUCAGCUGGCGGGUGGAAUGAAAACAUUCUUUCAACCCACGGGUCGGCUCGCGGUUCAGAACAAUUAUAUUGCGUGUCGUAAACGUUUUAAAUCCAGAUUUUUUAAAAAAAUUUACAAACCCAGGAGCUUGUAGUGUUGCAUUGUGUUGCGAAUUCCAUUCGGUGAGCGGUGAGGCAGACAUAUAAGCUACCAGCCACACAUGCAGUUGAUCAGGGAACUGUCCAUUAUUUGUGUGGUGCUGAAAUGGAUCCCCCCACACGAGAAUACGUUGCCAGGUGUACUUUCCCUGGCUAGCAUAGCUCAUGUGAAAAUGGCCAACGUAGGUAUUUGUUUACGGGUAUUUAUUUACGAUAGGCUAAUUCAGUUAAUUAUCAAAUAACUAUUACGUUACUUCAGUCAUUUAUUUAGACCAUACGCAGGCCAUAUCAAGUUUAAACCGGUGCGCUGGUUAAAGUUUAAGUAGGCCUAGGUUAUAGCCUACCAAAUAAAUGUUUUUUUGCAGGCUAUAUUCGAUUCUGGGAAUUGUUUAUCUACUUUUAAAUUAAACAAUUUAAUGAUCUAAACAAUAUUGAAUGUAAAGGUAUUGUUUUCUUAUGUAAGGUUCAUUAAGUAAGAAGGCUAAUUAGAAGGCCCUUUUCCAGAGCAAUUUUAAUUGUCAAUGUGCCACAUCUCAUUGUAAAAAUGUAAUUAUAUCGUUCUGGCAUGGUUUCAUGGCAUAGUUUCAUUUUAUCCAAAUGUUGAUUAGACAUGCAUAUAAAUUAAUUCAUGCAGGGAGGGGAAUAAUAGCCUGCUACUCUGGAGUCAUAAAAACUAUUAAAUUAAUUGAUGUUGUUUGGCGGGUCACGGAUCGGCUCUCGGAACAAUUCUAUCCCGGUGAGUCAGGGGGACGCAUUCAACGAUGUCCGGAGGGCCACACUGAAAAUUGGUUAUGUUGGUUAUACUUCCUCGCCAUUAAAAUUUGCAAAAAAUUGUUUGGGAAUUGUUGAUGCUCCCUGACUGUCUAGCUUUCAUUUAGGUGGUUAUUAGCCAGCUGAACACAGUUAAGAAACUGUAUGAACGUAGGUCCAUUAUCAUUUCCACACAGUUUCGAUUUGGUUUUAGUCAUUCUAAAGUAUAUUGAGUUCGUACCCGGGCCGUAUGUUUGACACCUCUGCUCUCUCUUUUUAUCUUCUUCUCCUGUUACCCUCUCUCUUACUAUUUAUCUGUCCCUCACUUUACUUUACAUUUAGUCUGAACUAAAAAGGGAAAAUAUAUUACAUCAAUACAGAAAACCCUUUAUAUAAAAUAUAACACAUCUCUUUAUAUAACAUAAUAUCUCCCCACAUGCAGGUGGCAGUUUUCUAGUGAUGGGGCAGACAUUGGCUUUGGGGUGUUUAUGAAGGGGAAGAUGGGAGAGAGGCAGAAUGCAGGGCAGAUGCAGGAGGUGGUUCCCAGCCAGAGAUACAACGCCCACCUGGUCCCCGAAGACGGCUCUCUCACCUGCAGUGAGCCUGGAGUCUGUGAGUACAGGACAGCUAGACAGAGACACAUAAGGGAUUACUAAACAUAUACCCUUUUCACGCUAUCGUGCCAUCCCAAACCAAACUGUGCUGGCUUGAGUAUUUAAAAAAGAAAAUACUUCCAGCAACUUUAAAGCUUGGUUUGAUUAGGCUCAGUAGUGUGAAAAGCCCUACUGUGGGCUCGAACAGGGGUACAGUGACACAUGGAGACUUGGGCAGGGGCACAUAAGAACCUAGCCCAGUGGUACUAGACAGAGAUUGGAUCUCCGGCUACCAGUAUAACAACUUGCAACUUCAACUCCCUCCAAAGAUUUUCUAUGGGGUUGAGAUCUGGAGACUGGCUAGGCCACUCCAGGACCUUGAAAUGCUUCUUACGAAGCCACUCCUUCGUUGCCCGGGCGGUGUGUUUGGGAUCAUUGUCAUGCUGAAAGACCCAGCCACGUUUCAUCUUCAAUGCCCUUGCUGAUGGAAGGAGGUUUUCACUCAAAAUCUCACGAUACAUGGCCCCAUUCAUUCUUUCCUUUACACGGAUCAGUCGUCCUGGUCCCUUUGCAGAAAAACAGCCCCAAAGCAUGAUGUUUCCACCCCCAUGCUUCACAGUAGGUAUGGUGUUCUUUGGAUGCAACUCAGCAUUCUUUGUCCUCCAAACACAACGAGUUGAGUUUUUACCAAAAAGUUCUAUUUUGGUUUCAUCUGACCAUAUGACAUUCUCCUAAUCCUCUUCUGGAUCAUCCAAAUGCACUCUAGCAAACUUCAGACGGGCCUGGACAUGUACUGGCUUAAGCAGGGGGACACGUCUGGCACUGCAGGAUUUGAGUCCCUGGCGGCGUAGUAUGUUACUGAUGGUAGGCUUUGUUACUUUGGUCCCAGCUCUCUGCAGGUCAUUCACUAGGUCCCCCCAUGUGGUUCUGGGAUUUUUGCUCACCGUUCUUGUGAUCAUUUUGACCCCACGGGGUGAGAUCUUGCGUGGAGCCCCAGAUCGAGGGAGAUUAUCAGUGGUCUUGUAUGUCUUCCAUUUCCUAAUAAUUGCUCCCACAGUUGAUUUCUUCAAACCAAGCUGUUUACCUAUUGCAGAUUCAGUCUUCCCAGCCUGGUGCAGGUCUACAAUUUUGUUUCUGGUGUCCUUUGACAGCUCUUUGGUCUUGGCCAUAGUGGACUUUGGAGUGUGACUGGUUGAGGUUGUGGACAGGUGUAUUUUAUACUGAUAACAAGUUCAAACAGGUGCCAUUAAUACAGGUAACGAGUGGAGGACAGAGGAGCCUCUUAAAGAAGAAGUUACAGGUCUGUGAGAGCCAGAAAUCUUGUACAUAUCUGUGUCUUUGCCUGUUGGGUGACGCUUUUCCCACUUCGGAGGGUAUGUCCGUGGUCGGUGGAUCGUUCUGAUAAAGAAUGCAUUGUUUGCAUCACCAAGCGGUGCACAGGAAAUAUUUUAAUCCAAUUGUUAGAUGCUACCACCUCACCUCCAACUCAAAACCAAUGUUUGUGCACACACACUCCAUUCUACUUCUUGUCUGCAAGGCUGAUUAGCUAGACAAAAAGGUGUGAAACACAGACAUGUGUGCAAAGUGAGAACAUAACAUGGAAUCCAUGUUUGAUUUUGAUUUGGAGGGGGGUGGAAGCAUAUAUCAAUUAGAUUUAAUUCUUACUUGGGCACUGCUCAGCGACGCAAAGGACGACUUCCUAAUCAGAGCCUACCGACCUACCGAUUACGGAUGUAAGGUCGGACGUGGGAAAAGUGUCGCCAAACAAGCAUAGGAACUGUGAGCAAAUAAUUAGCAAGGUGGGUGUAUGUUACAGUGAGGGAAAAAAGUAUUUGAUCCCCUGCUGAUUUUGUACGUUUGCCCACUGACAAAGAAAUGAUCAGUCUAUAAUUUUAAUGGUAGGUUUAUUUGAACAGUGAGAGACAGAAUAACAACCAAAAAAUCCAGAAAAACGCAUGUAAAAAUUUAUAAAUUGAUUUGCAUUUUAAAGUGGAAAUAAGUAUUUGACCCCUCUGCAAAACAUGUCUUAGUACUUGGUGGCAAAACCCUUGUUGGCAAUCAGAGGUCAGACGGUUCUUGUAGUUGGCCACCAGGUUUGCACACAUCUCAGGAGUGAUUUUUGUCCCACUCCUCUUUGCAGAUCUUCUCCAAGUCAUUAAGGUUUUGGCAACUCGAAACUUCAGCUCCCUCCACAGAUUUUCUAUGGGAUUAAGGUCUGGAGACUGGCUAGGCCACUCCAGGACCUUUUUAAUGUGCUUCUUCUUGAGCCACUCCUUUGUUGCCUUGGCCGUGUGUUUUGGGUCAUUGUCAUGCUGGAAUACCCAUCCACGACCCAUUUUCAAUGCUCUGGCUGAGGGAAGGAGGUUCUCACCCAAGAUUUGAGGGUACAUGGCCCCGUCCAUCGUCCCUUUGAUGCGGUGAAGUUGUCCUGUCCCUUUAGCAGAAAAACACCCCCAAAGCAUAAUGUUUCCACCUCCAUGUUUGACGGUGGGGAUGGUGUUCUUGGGGUCAUAGGCAGCAUUCCUCCUCCUCCAAACACGGCGAGUUGAGUUGAUGCCAAAGAGCUCGAUUUUGGUCUCAUCUGACCACAACACUUUCACCCAGUUCUCCUCUGAAUCAUUCAGAUGUUCAUUGGCAAACUUCAGAUGGCCCUGUAUAUGUGCUUUCUUGAGCAGGGGGACCUUGCGGGCGCUGCAGGAUUUCAGUCCUUCACGGCGUAGUGUGUUACCAAUUGUUUUCUUGGUGACUAUGGUCCCAGCUGCCUUGAGAUCAUUGACAAGAUCCUCCCGUGUAGUUCUGGGCUGAUUCCUCACCGUUCUCAUGAUCAUUGCAACUCCACGAGGUGAGAUCUUGCAUGGAGCCCCAGGCCGAGGGAGAUUGACAGUUCUUUUGUGUUUCUUCCAUUUGCUAAUAAUCGCACCAACUGUUGUCACCUUCUCACCAAGCUGCUUGGCGAUGGUCUUGUAGCCCAUUCCAGCCUUGUGUAGGUGUACAAUCUUGUCCCUGACAUCCUUGGAGAGCUCUUUGGUCUUGGCGAUGGUGGAGAGUUUGGAAUCUGAUUGAUUGAUUGCUUCUGUGGACAGGUGUCUUUUUAUACAGGUAACAAGCUGAGAUUAGGAGCACUCCCUUUAAGAGUGUGCUCCUAAUUUCAGCUCGUUACCUGUAUAAAAGACACCUGGAAGCCAGAAAUCUUUCUGAUUGAGAGGGGGUCAAAUACUUAUUUCCCUCAUUAAAAUGCAAAUCAAUUUAUAACAUUUUUGACAUGCGUUUUUCUGGAUUUUUUUGGUUGUUAUUCUGUCUAUCACUGUUCAAAUAAACCUACCAUUAAAAUUAUAGACUGAUCAUUUCUUUGUCAGUGGGCAAACGUACAAAAUCAGCAGGGGAUCAAAUACUUUUUUCCCUCACUGUAUAAGACUAGACCCAAGUUCCACUCAGGUCUAGAAACUGGGCAAAUAAGAUCCAGGCCUGGCAUACAGGCACACAAAGAGGACAAGGGCCUGGAGUAAAGGUGUAGGACUUGACUGAGGUGACAUCCAUGUUGUUUUCUUUCUUCUUCAGAUGUGCUGCGGUUCGACAACACCUACAGUGUCUUCCAGUCCAAACGCAUCAGCUUCACCGUCGAGGUCCUGCUCCCAGGCCAAUCUCAGUCUCCGAAGAAACGGGCUUGCUCACAAGUGGAGGCCAGCAACCAAUCGCAGUCUCCGAAGAACCAGGAUGUGUCAGAAUCUGGGGCUAGCAGCCAAUCGCAGUCUCCGAAGAACCGGGGUGGGUCAGAAUCUGGGGCCAGCAGCCAAUCGCAGUCUCCGAAGAACCAGGGUGGGUCAGAAUCUGGGGCCAGCAGCUAA